UCUUAUGUUGGGCUCUCAAGAAAACUUGUUCCUACUUGCAUUCUAUCCAUGGCUGCUGCUGCCAUUCCCUCUGUAAAUAAGGCUUGGGUCUACUCAGAUUACUGGAAAACCUCCGAUGUGUUGAAGUUUGAUGAAAGCAUCCCAGUUCCUGAAAUAAAAGAAGAUGAGGUGCUGAUCAAGGUUGUUGCAGCUGCUCUUAAUCCAGUUGCUUACAAGAAGAUACAUGGACUGUUCAAAGAACAUAACCCUCCUCCACCUAUCGUUCCAGGAACCGAUGUAGCUGGAGUGGUGGUAAAGGUGGGAAGCCAAGUGAAGAAAUUCAAGGUUGGUGUUGAGGUUUACGGGGAUGUCGCUGAACAUUUUACGGAGGAACCAAAAAAGUUAGGAGUUUUGGCUGAGUACACAGCGGCUCAAGAGAAAGUGUUGGCUCUGAAACCCAACAAUGUGAGUUUAGUGGAAGCUGCUAGCCUUCCUCUGGCCAUUGAGACAGCCUAUGAAGGCUUUGAAAUAGCUCAACUCUCUGCUGGCCAAUCCAUUCUUAUUCUUGGAGGUGCUGGCGGAGUUGGAACCCUGGCUAUUCAGGUUAUUAUAGAUAUGUUUUCUCUGUUACUUAAUCCAUAUAUAUGUAUUUUCUCUGUUUUAUAUGUUUUUAGUGAUCAUAUAUGUGUAAAUAUAUUUUAUAGCUUGCGAAGCAUGUUUUUGGAGCGUCCAGGGUGGCAGCUACAUUAUCCAAGUUAUGUGUAUCUUAAAUUAUCCAUAAUUUCUUCUUUUCCUUCCAACAUACACAAGAAUUUCUAAAGCUUUGUGUCUUUAAGUAUGAGAUCAAAAUCUUGUACGUGACGUAACAGGUGAUGUUCUUGCAUAACAAGGGCAAAAAAAACAAAAAGAAACGUACGUAACGAGUGAUGCAAUUCCAUGUUGACUUAUAAAAGCAUUAGUUAUAUGGUAAA